AUCGAUUACGGUUGUGUGGAUUAUAUUCGCAUAAGAAGUUGAUGAAAGUUUGCAGUUGACCCGCUUCUUCAAAAGCUUAUGGUCAGUCUUUGGUUUUUGGUAUCUACCUUUUGAGACAAUUUCAGUCAUUCAUGUCCAUUGAUGGCUAACAUGAAAAAGAACCUUUUCCUUCUCAGUUUUUCUUGUUUUCUGCUACUACUAACAAGGCCUUCUCAUUCUCAAACACGGACAAUUCUGCAAGGCGGGGAGCUCAAAUAUGAUCAGGAACUGGUUUCAGCUGAUGGGAUGUUCAAAUUGAAGUUUGGCACUGUUGGCGAGAGUGGCGAGUCCAGUGAUUCUUAUUUGGGAAUAUGGUACAAUUACAUUGAAGAAAAGUUUCCUGUGUGGGUUGCAAAUCUAGACACGCCAAUCUUUGGCAAUUCUGGAAUCCUUACUGUUGAUAGUCAAGGCAACUUGAAAAUUUUACGUGAUAAAGGUAGGUCCAUUGUCUUGUAUUCAGUUCAGAAGGCAAUCUACAACGCAAUUGCUACCCUGGAAGACACAGGCAACUUUAUACUACGUGAACUGAAUUCAAAUGGAUCUAUAAAGCAGGUUUUGUGGCAAAGCUUUGAUUAUCCUACUGACACAUUUCUGCCAGGGAUGAAACUAGGAAUUAAUUUAAAAACUGGGCAGCAGUGGUCUGUGAUAUCUUGGAGAAGCUUCGAGUCACCUGCCAGGGGGACUUUUGUGCUUGGUACGGAUCCUGACAGCAAAAAUCAAUUGGUCAUUUGGAGACAAGGACACAUCUACUGGGCUAGUGGCUCUUGGGUUGGACAGUUUUCUCUGUUAGGCGGUCUAUCUUUCAAUGUUUUGUACAACUUCAGCUACUUUUCAGAUGAGAAUGAAAGUUACUUCAUAUAUUCUAUAAAUAAGGCCAAUAGUAUCUUUCCAAGGUUAACCAUUAAUGCGGAGGGAGUGUUGAUUGGUUUCCUGAAAUAUGAUUACCAUGAAGAAGUUAAAUGCAUUACUUCUUAUGAUUAUAUGAGUCCAACAGUUGGAUGUUUGGAGCAGAAUCUCCCAAAUUGCAGGAGUCCUAGUGAUGCAUUUCUUUUCAAGCCCCGAACAGGUUACAUGUACAGCGAUGGGUUCAAGUACAGUGACAGCGAGAACUUGACUAUGAUUGAUUGUAAGUUGAACUGUUUAAAGAACUGUUCUUGUAUUGCCUAUGCUUCAAAGAAUGAAGAUGGCACCGGCUGCGAAAUUUGGAGGUCAGCACGAAGUUUCAUAGGAUCUAGUUCAGAUGAUUCACGGAAAAUUUACAUUUUUGACGAAGUGAAUAAGUGGUGGCUGCCAGUAACUAUCACACUAGGAGGAAUUUUUCUUAUACCUGCACUGUGCGCAUUUUUAUAUGCCAUAUGGAAAAAGUGCAGCAGGACAGGGAAUGGAAAGACGAACCUAAAGAAUCUAUGGAACGAACUAGAAGGCAACGCAUUGUCUUUGACCACAUAUGAUACUCUAAGAACACAGAAGAAUGAAUGGGAUGAGUUGCAUAUAUUCUGUUUUGAAAUAAUUGCUAUUGCUACAAAAUAUUUUAAACCAGAAAAUAAGCUUGGUGAAGGCGGAUUCGGACCGGUUUAUAAGGGAAAGUUACUAGAUGGACAAGAGAUUGCAAUAAAAAGACUUUCGAGAAGUUCAGGGCAAGGACUAGUAGAGUUCAAAAAUGAAGCUAUACUCAUUGCUAAACUCCAGCAUACUAAUCUUGUGAAGCUUUUAGGCUUUUGUGUUGAUGGAGAAGAAAGGAUAUUAGUUUAUGAGUAUAUGCCUAAGAAAAGUUUGGAUAUCUAUCUCUUUGAUUCUCACAAAAAGAGCGAAUUAGAUUGGAAGAAACGCUUCAAAAUUAUUGAUGGAAUUACUCAAGGACUUCUUUAUCUCCACAAAUAUUCAAGAUUAAAAGUGAUUCACAGAGAUUUAAAGGCUAGCAACAUAUUGCUUGACGAUGAGAUGAAUCCAAAAAUAUCAGAUUUUGGGAUGGCUAGAAUAUUUGGGCUGAAAGAAUCUGAAGCAAAUACCAAUAGAAUUGUUGGAACAUAUGGUUACAUGUCACCGGAGUAUGCUAUGAAUGGUGUUGUUUCUACGAAAACUGAUGUGUUCAGCUUUGGGGUCUUACUAUUGGAGAUCAUCAGUGGCAGGAAGAAUACCAGUUUCCAUUAUUCCGAGUGCCCAAUCAACCUAAUAGGAUAUGCAUGGCUGUUGUGGAAGGACAACCGAGGUUUAGAACUUAUUGAUCCUAAAUUGGACGAAUUCUUGCCCCAGAAUCAAGUUCUGAGAUGCAUUCAUAUAGGCCUUUUAUGUGUACAAGACCAUGCAGCAGAUAGACCCACCGUCUUUGAUGUUGUUUCUAUGCUUUCAAAUGAAACUAUAUUACUAGCAACUCCAAAGCAGCCAGCAUUCUUCGUAAAUGCAGUUGUGCAAGAGCCGGGAGAACCCAGAAACAGAUCGGACAAGUGCUCUAUAAAUCUUGUAUCAAUUUCAGUAAUGGAAGCCAGAUAAAUGCAGCAAGCACGCAUGAACUUAUUUCAAAAGCCAAAUAUUUUGGAAAACAUUGUACCAACUAAAAAUUUCUAUCUGUGUCCUUAUUAACAAUGAAAUGAGUGAAUCGUUGUAAUAUCUUUAGUGUAGAAAAUUAGAUAUAGACUGAAGAUGAUAUCAAGAAAAUUUCUUGCCAGGCACUAGUUGGGGAAUAGAAACAUAGAACAGGUGAAAAUUUCAUAUUUUUAAGGGGAAAUUAGGAUAUUUCUAGACGAACGUACCAUGGAAGGGGCUCUCCUUUCAGUCUGCCUGUCCAUUAGACUCGGUCAAUGUCUUAAUGAUUGCCUUUUCCAUCACAUUUUCUAUUGAUUAGUUAUAUAUUUUCAGGUA